UACUGCCCUGGAUUUCUUUAUCCGUAUAUCCUCUCUGAAUAAAAAUGGCUGGUCUUCCCAAGCGGAUUUUAAAGGAGACUCAAAGACUAUUGACAGAUCCUGUUCAGGGGAUUAAUGCGACUCCAGAUGAACAGAACGCGAGAUAUUUCCACGUGGUGGUUGCUGGACCAAAAGAUUCUCCUUUUGAGGGUGGUACGUUUAAAUUAGAACUAUUUCUUCCUGAGGAGUACCCAAUGGCCCCACCCAAAGUUAGAUUUAUGACGAAAAUAUAUCAUCCAAACAUUGACAAGCUAGGAAGAAUAUGUCUUGACAUUUUAAAAGACAAGUGGAGCCCAGCGCUCCAGAUACGUACGGUAUUAUUAUCAAUACAAGCUUUACUUAGUGCACCCAAUCCUGAUGACCCACUAGCUAAUGAUGUAGCAGAUGCAUGGAAGACUAAUGAGCACUUAGCUAUACAAACAGGUGAAGAGAGUUUUUUGUACAUGUAUUUUAUCUUUACAUCUCUUUUAUAUUUUACCCGUUUCUGUCUUCUCUUCAAUAAUUUUAGCUAA